AAAAAAAAAUCGAAGUGGUCUCGUUUUCUUUUGUCUCCGCCUCUCACCUCUCCCUCUCUCCCUCUCUCCACAAAAAGAGACUACGUGUAGAAUCGCCUCGAUCGUUCUCUCUCUCUCUCUCUCUCUCGUUUUCUCUUCUCCUCGAUCCCUCCACAAGAAGCCCUAAACCCUAAAAGCUACUCUGAUUUGGUUUCGAUUUGGAGGGGGAUUUGGGGUGCGGGGAUGGAGGAGCCGGGGCAGCUGAAGCGGGCGUUCAUCGACUCCUUGGCCGGAGCCCUCGCCGGAGGGAUCUCCCGCACCGUGACCUCGCCGUUGGACGUGAUCAAGAUACGUUUCCAGGUUCAACUGGAGCCCACGUCGUCAUGGGCUUUGCUCCAAAGGGAUAUGUAUAGACCUUCAAAAUAUACUGGAAUUUUGCAAGCUAGUAAAGAUAUUUUCCGAGAGGAAGGUUUGGCGGGUUUCUGGAGAGGAAAUGUUCCUGCUCUACUUAUGUACAUGCCUUACACUGCUAUACAAUUCACGGUUCUGCACAAGUUGAAAACUUUUGCAGCUGGUUCGUCGAGGUCAGAAGAUCAUCUACAGUUGAGUCCUUACUUAUCUUACGUAAGUGGGGCAUUAGCAGGAUGUGCAGCAACCAUAGGAUCAUACCCCUUUGAUCUUUUGCGUACUAUUUUAGCAUCACAGGGUGAACCGAAGAUAUAUCCUAACAUGAGGUCAGCAUUUUUUGACAUCAUUCAAACACGUGGUAUUCGAGGAUUGUAUGCUGGGUUGACACCAACUCUCGUCGAAAUAAUUCCUUACGCCGGCUUGCAGUUUGGUUCAUACGACACAUUCAAGCGAUGGAUGAUGGCAUGGAACAGGUACAGAAAUUCAAAGCUUGGCUUGUAUGAAGAAGACAACUCUGCAUCGAGCUUCCAGUUAUUUCUUUGCGGAUUUGCAGCCGGAACAUGUGCGAAAGCCGUGUGCCAUCCUCUUGAUGUUGUAAAGAAGAGGUUCCAGGUAACUCUGCUGUGUCCAACCAAAUAGAUAAGAAGUACACACGCACGUGCACACAAAUGCAUAUACCAAUAAUAGUUAAGUUAGAUAGGAUAUCUGAAUAUUAUGUAUCUCUCUCUCAUAAACAGCAACAAAAAUACUUAUGAUCCAACGCAGUGGUUAGUCAUUUGGAAGUACUAGUUCAGUUCAAACUUUUCUAAUUAUCAUGCAAUCGCAAACUAUUUUCCGAGGAAUUCUGCUAAACACCCUUAUUCUUCAACCUGGG